AACAGACGAUUUGCCACAUCGAACAACUAUAGCCAGAGCACUGACUACUGUUUACGAUGAUUGUCGCGCUUGGCUGAUUGAUUACAUAAAAGCUGAAUCUCCGCCUACAGUAGCUGUGACUUUCGAUGGGUGGUCCGACAAAUACAGACGAAGGAGCUACAUGACGUUGACCCUUCAUUUUGUCGAUAAACAAUUCGCUUUGGUAAAUCUAACGCUUUCAACGAACCAUUUUGCCGAUCGCCAUAAAGGGGAAAAUGUUCUGCCAUACAUUGAAUCCCUUCUCGAUUGCUACGGACUUACGCAGAAGAAUAUAUACAUGGUUACCGAUGCAGCGAAAAACAUGAAGAAAACUUGUAACUUGGGAAGUUACGAAAACAUAUCUUGCGUAGGACACGCACUUCAUAACCUUGUAUCGGUUGACGGCAUUAAGAAAACGGAACCCAUAAAAGUUUUGCUAAAGAAGAUAAAAGACAUUGUGAAAGCGCUGCGGUAUAGAACGGAUGAGUUUGAAAAAUUAACUAAAGAUCAGAGUGCGUUAGCUGCCGAAAUAUCUGAAUGGAGCGAAAUGUUUUUGAUCUACGACGACGUUGACGACGUUGAUAACGAUCUUGAAAGCCUGGCCUCUUCAAUUGAAGACAGCAGUGAUCAUCGUCACACUUUAAAGCUUGACGUUAAGACAAGAUGGCACAGUGUCUUAAUGAUGGUGGAAAGUUUGGUUGGAUACAACAAAAAUGUCAUCAAUUUAAUGCUGCACAAAACCGAUAAUUCUGAGCUCGUGCUAUUGAACAGUGAUAUUUUGUUAGCGAAGGAGUUAGUUGAUUUUCUGCGACACUUCCAGAGGAUAACUGCUAUUUUCUCAGUGAAAUAA